AUGAACUCAUCUAAAAUAAUUGAUAUUAUAAAACCUAUUGGUUAUGAUGAAAAUCCUGAAAGAUAUCGAUCCAUAAGUGCUGUUGUAGUAUCUGAUACACAUAAAAAACAUGAAAAGAUUCAGAUACCAGAUGUUAAAAAAAAUAAUGAAAUACCUCGAUCCGUAAUUGAUUUUAAUCGAUGGUUGGGAACAUUGCCACAUAAGCAUAAAAUUGUUAAUUGUGGAAAUCAUGAACUUGGUUUUGAAAAUUUAUCCAAAGAAAGAAUUCAAUCAAAAUUAUUAACUAAUUGUAUAUAUUUAAAGGAUGAACUAAUACAAGUUGAAGGUAUAACAAUUUACGGUUGUGCAUGGCAAUUUAAUGGCGAUUAUGAAACAAAAUGGUCAUUAAUUCCUUCAGAUAUUGAUAUAUUAAUGACACAUAUACCUCCACAACUUCGAGUAAACUUAGCAUUGCCACUAAAAAGGCAUCUUCAGCAGAAUUUUGUUCAAUGUGUCAUAAUACAAUUCACGGUUGCUCAAGGCAUAUGGGUUCAAAAAGUUUAA